AUGACCAGCUUCCCCCUCCUGGCUUCCUGGAACACCCGUGGAUUCAAUAGCCCCGACAAAGUUUUAUGUUGUAAAAACUUAGUCAAAACCUUUGACCUUGACUUGCUCUUCUUACUGGAAACAAGAAUCUCUCUGACUUCUCUCUGCGACCCCUGGUUUAUUUCUUCUCACACUGUUUUCUCUGCUGAAGGCUCUUAUGAUAAUUUCGAUUAUGCCUCCCCUGGUCGCAUAUGGAUUAAGUGGAACUCUUCAUCUGUGAGUUUCAAACCUGUUUUUACUUCUAGCCAAUUAAUUCAUGGAUUGGUUUUUUCUGGCACUACGGAAACCUACUGUGUUUCUGUCGUUUAUGCGUCUAAUGAUUUGGAGGAAAGGCUUAAGUUAUGGAAGGACCUUGCUGAUAUUGCCAUUGGUAUUACUUCCCCCUGGAUUAUCCUAGGGGACUUUAACUGUUGCAGAUCACCUAAUGAGAAGGCCGGUGGUUCCUUACUUACUAGUAGCAAAGUGGCUGAUUUCAACAAUUUGAUAUUCAAUAUUGCUGUUCAUGAUCUGUCUUCCAUUGGUCAUUAUUUUACUUGGUAUAACCAAAGGACCGAUAACCCAAUUCACAUUAAAUUAGAUAGGAUGUUGGUUAACGACUGUUGGCUUGGAAAUUUUCCUUCAUCCUUCUAUCUUGUGGACAACCCUCAGAUUUCUGAUCAUUCGCCUAUCAUUUUACAAAUGGAUCAAAGCAAAUGCAAGAAUCAUAGAUUUCUUUUUAAGAAUUAUUGGCUGGCUAACUUUGUGUUUUGGGAUUCUCUUAUUCAGGUCUUCUCUCAAAGAUUUCACAGCAGUCCUAUUCAUGCUUUUCUCCAGAAGCUUAAGACACUAAAGAUUAGUCUGAAAUCCAAGAAUUGGGUCACUUCCAACUCCCUCCAAAUUGAUAUUUCUGAUCUUACAUUCUUGCAAAACAAUCUUUUAUGUCAAAUUCAGGCUAAUCCUCUCGAUUCUGAUCUCAAUCUGGCUCUUAAAGAUAUUAACCACAAGCUUGCGGUUAAAAACUCACUAAAAACAAGCUCUUAUGAUAAUUUUGAUUAUGCCUCCCCCGGUCGCAUAUGGAUUAAGUGGAACUCUUCUUCUGUGAGUUUCAAACCCGCUUUUACUUCAAGCCAAUUAAUUCAUGGAUCGGUUUUUUCUGGCACUACGGAAGCUUAUUGUGUUUUUGUCGUUUAUGCUUCUAAUGCUUUGGAGGAAAGGCUUAUGUUAUGGAAAGACCUUGCUGAUAUUGCCAUUGGUAUUACUUCCCCCUGGAUUAUCCUAGGGGACUUUAACUGCUGCAGAUCCUCUAAUGAGAAGGCCGGUGGUUCUCUACUUUCUAACAGCAAAGUGGCUGAUUUCAACAAUUUGAUAUUUAAUAUUGAUGUUCAUGAUCUGUCUUCCAUUGGGCAUUAUUUUACUUGGUAUAACCAAAGGACCGAUAACCCAAUCCACAUUAAAUUAGAUAGGAUGUUGGUCUUCUCUCAAAGAUUUCAUAGCAGUCUCAUUCAUGCUUUUCUCCAGAAGCUUAAGACUCUUAAGAUUAGUUUGAAAUCCAAGAAUUGGGUCACUUCCAACUCCCUUCAAAUUGAUAUUUCUGAUCUUACAUUCUUGCAAAACAAUCUUUUAUGUCAAAUCCAGGCUAAUCCACUCGAUUCUGAUCUCAAUCUGGCUCUUAAAGAUAUUAACCACAAGCUUGCGGUUAAAAACUCUGAUUGGUCGUCCUGGAUUAUUCAAAGGGCUAAAGCUAAGUGGCUUUCGAAUGGGGAGGAUGAUUUGAAGUUUUUAUAUUCCAGGAUUAAUGUCAGACAUAAUUCAAAUCAAAUCAAAUGCAUUUCUACGGUUGAGGGGACUUUUUCUAAUCCAGUUGACAUUAAUAGGGCCAUUAAUGUCAAUCAUUUUCAAAAGGUUUUUAAUUCGGCUGCUCCUAUUACUCAUUCUAGCAGGGCUCCUCCAACUCAUUACUUGCUCCCUUCUAGCUCCAUUCCCGGCUUGGUUGCUCCUGUCUCUGUGGAAGAAAUUAAGAAUGUUAUCUUCUCCUCCCUUACCUGCUCGGCUCCCGGCCCUGAUGGUUACACAUUUGAAUUUUUCAAAACCACUUGGAAUACUAUUGGAAGCCAACUUACUGAUGCUGUGAUGUCUUUCUUCUUGACUGGUACUAUGCCUAAGCAUGCUAAAGCUACGACUAUAGCUCUCAUACCCAAAAGGCCUCAUGCUCAAGACAUUGCAGAUUACCGGCCUAUCUCCCUAUGCAACACUUUUUAUAAGAUUAUAGCCAAGAUUCUUGCCAAUCGUUUGAAAGAUGUUAUGCCUUUUAUUAUACAUCCAAGCCAAUUAGGUUUCAUUAAGGAUAGAGUUAUUUAUGAUAAUAUCCUUUUAGCGGACGAGCUUCUCAAAGAAUUCAAUUCCAGUCACAAAGAUCAAUUUUUCUGUGCUAAAUUUGAUAUUCACAAGGCAUUCGACACGGUUUCUAGAAAAUUCCUGAUUGAUCGUUUGCUUGCCAAGGGAUUCCCUGAAAUCUUUGUUUCCUGGAUCCAUAGCUAUAUCUCUGACGUUUACUUUUCAGUUUCCAUUAAUGGGGGGCUUAAAGGAUACUUUUCUUCCUCUUCGGGCCUGAGGCAAGGUUGCCCGUUAUCCCCUUAUCUGUUUUGUAUUGCUAUGGACUGCUUAUCCUCUCUUUUUGAAGAGGCCACCAACAAUAACUCUCUCUUGGGUCUGAAAGCUGGCAGCACCUAUUUCUCACAUCUCUUAUACGCGGAUGACCUAUUAGUUUCUUCUAAAGCUACUCGGGAGAAUGCUCAGCAAUUGAACUGCAUCCUUGAUGACUUCUUUAAUCUCUCGGGUUUAAUGGUCAAUAGCAGCAAAAGCAAAAUUGUUUUUUCUAAGAACUCUACUCAGGAGCAGGCUAUUAGUAAUACCUUGAAUAUCCCCAUAUCCUCCAGUCCUAUUAAAUAUUUGGGCAUUCCUAUUUUCCAUAGGAAACUGAAAAUUGUUGACUUUCAGCCCCUUAUGCAUAAGAUCACGGCAUCCUUGGAAGGCUGGAAAGCGAGAUCCCUCUCUAUGGCCGGUAGACUGCAAUACCUUAAACACACCAUUAACAGCAUCUUGCUGUACUGGGUCCGUGGGACUCUGCUUCCCAAAACCUGUAUCAAGAAGAUUAAAAGCCUCUGCUCUAGAUUUCUUUUUUAUGGGGAGAUUCAAAAACGUAAAAUGCACCUCAUCUCUUGGAAGUAUACCUACAAACCUAAGAUUUAUGGGGGGUUGGGCACCCCUUCUAUUGAAGCUUUAUAUUAUGCUUGUGGCUGCAAAGUUAUAUGGAGGUUUUAUAGCUCUAAAAGUUAUCUUUUCUGUUGGUGGAAAGAAAAAUAUGGAUCCAUUUGGAAUACUCAGAUUACUAAAUGCUCUGUUUAUUGGAAAAACUUAUGUGAUGUGACUAAGAGCCUUUUGCAUUCUUUGAACUUCAAAAUUAUUCCUUCUAGUAAUCUUUCUUUUUACUGGGAUCCUUGGUGCCUUGGUUUAUCGGUGGCUGAUCGUCUGAAGCAGAAUCAGCUUGAUUUUUUUAUUUCCAAAGCUAAUGUGCCUGUUUGUAAUCACAUAUCUAACGGUACCUGGACUCUCCCUGCUUCUUUGCCUGCCCAUAUUGCUGAUUUGAUUCGGUCCGUCCCCUUUUCUGCUGGGCAGGAAGAUUGUUGUUGGAUUGCACCUUCUAAACCUUCUUUCAAAAAAUUUAUUCAUGACUUCUAUGAGGAUGUGGAGAAGGUUAAUUGGCAUAAUUUUGUUUGGCAUAAACACAGCUCCCUUCGGUUUGCUGUUUACUCCUGGACUGCUUUUAGGGAUGGCCUCAAAACUGCCUCUGUUCUCGCCGCUAGGGGCAUCCCGGUUUGCCCCCUCUGCGUUUUUUGCAAAACCAAUAUAGAGACUCAGAACCAUCUGUUCUUUGAAUGUGAUUUCUCAUUUAAUAUCCUGCUGAGGUUCUUUCCCAGAAUGCAAUCCACGCUGUUUAGGCCUAAUUUAUGGCAAACCUUUAAUGAUAUUGAGGUUGAGGAAACUGUUAGCAACAGGAAGAAUUACUCUUUUUUAACUCUGUCUGCUAUUGUUUACUUCAUAUGGAGAUCCAGAAACGACAGAUUAUUUGGAAACUGUUUGGAAAGCAUUAAUGUCAUUUCCUCUAAGAUUAAGCGGGCGGUUUACCUCAAGAGAUCUCCGAGCAAAUCUGCGACUGGGAAGUCGAAAGGCAAAGCGCGGGAAACUGGCAAGAUGGGAUCGGAGGGAUCAUCGGAAGGCCGUUGGGAGGUCAAGCCGAAGAGCUUGGAUCUGAAAAUGGCAAUGCCGAUUGCUAAGGGUGGCGUAUAG